AUGGAGACUUCUACCUUACGUUAUAUAGAUCCAGCUGCCCGCUACGAGAAGGAGCGCAUUCGUAAGAGAACAAAAUACUUGGAAAUGAGCACGGACCAGAGAGAUGCCUUAUUAUAUCGGGUUCGCGAGUACAAGAAAAGAAAGCGGACGACUUGUGCCUCAUCCGACCAGUACGACCAUGCUGGAGUCAGCAACAUUGACGAGGACUCUGAUGUAGCCGGAAUUUUUGAGCCAAUGAGACCGGAUGCUCAAAUUGAAGAAAACAUGGGCACCUCCCAGGAGGGAGAGACUGUGUAUGAUGAUGAGGAGGAGGAGAGUAGCCGCUUCAGCGCACAAGAUUACUUAUACCAUGAGAUUAUAAUUCAUUACUGUUGUGAGUCACUAUUCUUUGCGACCCCGGAUUUAAUUCUUGCUCAUGACUUUCCAGGUAAUGACUUCGAAUCGUACAGAGUGACAACUGAUGGUUCGUAUGAUUUUGAGACUCAUGAUCCUUACGACUACGUCUACCACAAUCUACCCACCAAGCAUCAUGUUUUGAAGCCAGUAAAAGACAGUAUCCAUUGUGGAGCAAUUAGGUUCCAGUACGAAGGUCCAGCCUUCUGUUGCAGAAAAGGUAAGGUCAAGGUAUUUAUCCCAGAGGUUCCUCAAGAGCUGCAAAGAUUAUUUCCAGGUCAGGUAGAUGAGGAUGCAAAGUACUUUAGGUAGCACAUUCGAUAUUUCAACUCCCACUUCUCCUUCACAAGCCUUGGAGUUACCCUGGACAAACGGGUCAACACCGCGGCAAGAACCGGUGUAUACACCUUCCGUGCUCAUGGUCAGUUGUACCACCGUCUAGACCAUCUAGUACCAGGUGAUCACGGACCCAGGCAUUUGCAGUUGUACAUUUAUGAUACAGAUGAAGCCUUAGAACAUAGGGUGAAGCGCUCUCCAGAUCUAGAUAUCAACCUCAUACGGAAGAUUCUGCGUAUACUGGAGAAUAACCCAUAUGUCGAGACUUUUAAGAGCCUUGGUUCAGUUCCAGACCUAGCGGAAUAUAAAAUUACACUAAACACAAAUAUAAAAUUGGACCAACGGAGGUACAAUGCCCCUACA